AUGAAGGUUGAUGUCAGCGAUGAUGAACUUAGAGCAUGUCACAAGGUCAUUAUUCCUGACUGUGACCUAUUUGAGUUUUGUCAAAGCUACCGAGAAGCAGUAGCAACCCCAUCAAUUCAGGAUGAAGGUCCUAGAAGCGUCUUGAAGCAAAUUGUUGGUAUGGAAGAAAUGAGGACUUUAGCAAUUGCCUUGGCAAGAGUAAUUGAAGCAAAACCUCACUCGGCUGAUGUGGAGAGACUGAUAUCAAAAUACAAUAUCCUGAAGUCACCAGCGAGAAGCAGACUUAACACAGAUACCCUUCACUACUACAUUUUCAUUGGAUUCAAUCUUCCACCGCUUGCGAGUUAUGAUGCCAGACCUGCUGUUCGAAUACUGUUUAACAGAUAA